GCUCCAUCUCAUCUCAUCUCCCCCAAAUCAGAGUAAACCCUAAUUGUCUGUAGCUUUCUCUCUCGAAGGAGAUCUUUCCUUUGCAAUACACUUUCUCGACUCUUGUUUAUUACUUUCUCGUCAAUCUCUCUCUCUCUCUCUUUGUUUGUGGAUCGUCGUGGUUUGUUUCGGCAAAGAGAGAGUCGUAUAGAUCCGGAUAUGGCGACUGAUACCUCGGGCGCGAAAUCGAGCUCCUCCUCUGCGGAUUCUUACGUAGGGAGCUUGAUUAGUUUGACUUCCAAGAGCGAGAUCAGAUACGAAGGGAUCCUUUACAAUAUCAAUACCGAUGAAUCCAGUAUCGGACUUCAAAACGUUCGAUCAUUUGGAACUGAAGGAAGGAAAAAAGAUGGUCCUCAAGUUCCUCCAAGUGAUAAAGUUUAUGAGUACAUAUUGUUCCGUGGCACUGAUAUCAAGGAUUUGCAAGUCAAAGCUUCUCCACCUGUUCAGCCACCAGCUCCACCUGCUUUAAACAAUGAUCCUGCUAUUAUUCAGUCUCACUACCCUAGCCAGAGUAGCUUGCCUCCUACCGUGAGCAAUCCAAUGCCUGACAUUAGUUCUCAUAGCGGACAACCUGGACAGCACGGGAUGGGAUUCCAGAACUCGAUGCCUUUGUAUCAGCCUGGUGGAAAUCUUGCGCCGUGGGGAGGCUCACCACAACAACCACCAAUGUAUUGGCAAGGAUACUACACCCCACCUCCUCCCAAUGGUCUUCCUCAGAUGCAUCAACAGUCUUUGAUUCGACCUCCUCAUGGGCUGUCAAUGCCACCGCAACCUAUUCCGUAUCCUAACUUUAAUGCUCCUCCAUCUAGUGGAUCAUCGAAUCUGCAGGGUUCAAGCUUGCCGGAGCCACCCUCGUCGUUGUUUCCUUAUAGUAGCAGUUCUCAAACUCUAGCACCUAGUUCGUUGCCUUUUAGUGGUUUGCCUAUGACGAUGUCUUCAGGCCUGCAAUCAACAAUGCAAUCAGCACCAUCUCCUUCUCUGGUUUCAGAGAUGGCACCUCCUUUGUUUUCGAACAAUGCUCAUAUUGCUGUACCCUCUACACUACCUCAGGAUUCUAAUUCGCUUCCCUUUUCUCUACCAACUACUAGAGCCACUGAUACAAGUGCUGGCUUUCCACUGUCUAACAAGUCUGGUGUAGGUACAGAUCCUAUCUCUUCGCCGCAGACAACAUCGUUUGCAUCUGCUCCUGAGUCUGGAGUCUCUAGUUCGAUCAGCCAAGAUAAGCCAAAACCUUUGUUGGUUACCCCUGGCCAACUACUGCAGUCUGGAUCUGCUUCAGUCACUUUGUCCCCACCCUCUAACAGCGCUGAUAAGGAUGCUGAAGUAGUUCAAGUAUCAUCAUCAGCUGCGUUGGAACUAUCUGCUCCAGUCACAUCAGAAGCCCAACCUCCAAUACUGCCAUUGCCUUCCUCUGCAAGGCAAACUCAGAAGCCAAACGGACAUUCGUUCCCAGCCCACAAUAGUUACAGGGGACGUGGGAGAGGAAGAGGAAGGGGAGCAGGGCGAUCAAACCAGGUAAUGAAGUUCACGGAAGAUUUUGAUUUCACAGCGAUGAACGAAAAGUUCAAUAAGGAUGAAGUAUGGGGUCAUCUUGGGAAGAGCACCAAUGGCGAUGGUGAUGAUGAUUUCCCAGACGUAGAUGAACCUGAGGUGCCUAAAAUCGAGGUCAAACCUGUUUACAACAAAGACGACUUUUUCGAUAGCCUCUCGUCAAAUUCUGGUGACCGAGAUUCCCAAAAUGCAAGGCCUAGGUUCUCAGAGCUACGGAAACUAGAUACUGAGACAUUUGGUGAGUUUUCAAGAUUCAGAGGAGGCCGAGGAGGGCGUGGUGGUUAUGGUAGAAACGGUCAUUCACGUGGUGGUUAUGGUGGUCGUGGAUAUGGCGGCUAUAAUGGUCGCGGUGGUGGUGGCGGCGGUUACGGGUAUGGUGGUCGUGGCCAAGGGAGAGGUGCUUGAAACCGUACUUCCUUAAAAGUUGUGCUAAAGAGGGUUCUAAAGACUCGGAACCCGAAGUAGCUCGUCAUACUUAAAGUGCUUUUGGUGUGUUGCAAUAAAACAAAAACUUGAGUCCUAUGUAAUGUUUUUUGUUGUUAGAGAAACCCCUUGUUUGGUAUUCAAGUGUAUCAAUUUGAUUUGGGAUCUUUGUUAUAAAACUUGGUAAUACCAUAUUUCAGU